AUGGGUGGUCGUCAGAACAUUCUUGAGAUUGACAAAGAGAGAAUGGUUGCCAAGGUCGAGCCUCUUGUUAGCAUGGGUCAGAUAACUAAAGCUACCUGCCCGACGAAUCUUUCGCUCGCUGUGGCUCCUGAGUUUGAUGACCUUACCGUUGGUGGUCUGAUAAAUAGUUAUGGAAUUUCAGGGGGCUCUCACAUCUAUGGCCUCUUCUCUGACACGGUUGUCGCGAUGGAGGUUGUUCUUGCAGAUGGUCAGGUUGUGAGAGCUACCAAGGACAAUGAGGACUCUGACCUUUUCUAUGGCAUGCCAUGGGGGACCUUGAAGGAAAUCGCGGAGGCUUAUGCUGAUUCUUUCGUGCCAAGGGAUGGUGACCCUGCAAAGAUCCCUGACUUUGUAGAAGGGAUGGUGUACUCAUCCUCAGAGGGUGUGAUGAUGACCGGUGUUUAUGCCUCGGAAGAGGAGGCAAAGAAGAAGGGCAACAAGAUCAACCGUGUAGGCUGUUGGUUUAAGCCCUGGUUCCACCAGUAUGCUGAGACGGCUCUGAAGAGGGGUGAGUUCGUGGAGUACAUUCCUACAAGGGAGUACUACCAUCGCCACACUAGAUCCCCGUAUUGGGAAGGCAAACUGAUCAUACCGUUCGGGGACCAGCUCUGGUUCAGGUUUCUGCUUGGCUGGCUGAUGCCACCAAAGAUUUCCUUGCUCAAGAUCACCCAGGGUGAAGCUAUCAGGAACUACUACCAUGACAACCACGUGAUCCAAGAUGUGCUGGUGCCGCUUCACAAAGUCAGCGACGCUCUUGAGUUUGCUCACCGUGAACUGGAGGUUUACCCAGUGUGGCUGUGCCCGCAUCGGCUGUACAAGCUUCCCGUGAAGACGAUGGUGCACCCGGAACCAGGAUUUGAGCAGCAUCGCAGGAAAGCCCAAAUGUUCAGCGACGUCGGCUUCUACUACGCUCCUGCCUCUGCCUCUGUUCUACGGGGUGAGGAGUUCAACGGUGCCGAAGCCGUGUAUAGGCUGGAGCAGUGGCUCAUUAGGAACCACGGGUACCAGGCGCAGUAUGCGGUGUCUGAGCUGAGCGAGAAGGACUUCUGGAGAAUGUUUGAUCCCUCUCCCUAUGAGCACUGCCGCCGCAAGUACGGCGCUGUAGGGACCUUCAUGAGCGCCGCCCACUACAAGUCCAAGAAAGGCGAAGCUGAAGCUGCCAUCCUAGAAGCUGCUGAUGCUGAUGCGGAGUGA